UAGUGUAUCUUUAUGGAGAAGCAGCGAGGAAAGAGAACAGGAGAUCUCUUCCCUCUGUCCGGGCAGGAGAGUAUGAGGCCUUGUCAGAGAAAUUGAAGAGGACAGAGUGGGCUCCUGACUAUGGCCCCGCCACCUUCGUGGCCUCCUGGGGAGCUACAGUAGCAGGGGCUCGCAAAUUCCUGGUUGCCUAGAACAUUAACCUCCUCAGCACCAAGGAACAAGCCCAUCGGAUCGCACUAGAUAUCCGGGAAAAAGGCAGAAGCAAAGACCAGCCGGGUCUGAUGAAGAAGGUGCAGGGAAUGGGAUGGUACCUGGAAGAGGCGAACAUAGCCCAGGUGUCCACCAACAUCCUGGACUUUGAGCUGACGCCCGUCCACACUGUUUACGAAGAGAUCUGCAGUGCGGCCAAGGACCUGAACCUGCCAGUGGUGGGCUCUGAGAUUGUAGGCCUCAUACCUCUGAGAGCCGUGCUGGACUGUGCUGACUUCUACAUCCAGAGAGACAGGCUCUUCAUUGUGGAGGAGGAGCACAAAGUCCGCCUGGUCAUCAGUAAACUUGGGCUUGAUUCACUUGGGCCUUUCGUCCCCAAAGAGAGAAUCAUAGAGUACAUGGUGGAGAGGACUGAGGAGGACAAGCGUUUGGUGUCUCUGUCUCUGCAGCAGUUUGUCCGCAGCGUGGGAGCCAGAACCGCUGCUCCUGGAGGAGGGUCAGUCUCUGCUGCCAUCGCUGCAAUGGGGGCUGCUCUGGGAGCCAUGGUGGGUCAGAUGACAUAUGGGAAGAGGCAGUUUGAUAGCCUGGACAGCAUCAUGAGGAGACUCAUCCCUCCCUUCCAUCAGGCCAUGAAUGAACUGCUGGUCAUGGUGGACGCAGACUCCAAGGCGUUCAGUCGCUAUAUGGCUGCAUUGAAGAUGCCAAGGAACACAUCAGAUGAAGUCAAAAGGAGGGGAGCUGCCAUGCAGGAGGGUCUGAAGCAGGCCGUGGCGGUCCCACUGUCUCUGGCUGAAAGAGUCAACCUGCUGUGGCCUUGUCUAAAGGAAAUGGUGAUCUACGGAAACGUGGUCUGCAAGUCUGACCUCCAGGUAGCAGCUAAAGCCCUGGAAACAGCAGUGUUUGGAGCCUACUACAACGUUGUGAUCAACCUCAAGGAUAUCCCAGAUGAGUCCUUCAAAGUGACUGUAAAUUACAAUGUAGCCUGUAGGUCUUUCUGACUCCAAAAGGAUUCUGCCUAGGUUACAACGUAGGUAAUCUAUCAAUACUGGAAAAUGAAUCAAAAAACAGAUUUUGGUGAGAGCCGGUGGCUUAUUACAUAGUUAUACUCAUACAAUCGUGUUUUGUGUUUUGCAGACUCAACAGAGAGCAUCAGCUCUGCUUACUGAGGCCAGGGAAAGUGCUAAUGCAGUCCUGGAUACUGCAGAGAGAAAAAAGUGAAGAAGUUACCACAUUACCAAAGCAUCCCCCGCUGCCUGCCUAGGCCUCAAACCAGGCUUUCACAACCAUCAAUCUAUUGCAAAUAAACUGGGUUCACAUAAAUACAUGCUUUAUCAACUACUCCUCAAUGGUGCUCCUUUGCUUUGUUAGGAAUUCACUAAAUACUUACGUAAUGUACUGUAUAGCAGCAGCCUACACCAAGCCAGGAUGUCACAGUGUUCUUAUCCACAGCGACUUACAGGCGCAAUUAGGGUUAAGUGCCUUGCUCAAGGGCACAUCGGCAGAUUGUUCACCUACUUAGUUUGGGGAUUCAAACCAGCAACCUUUCAGUUACUGGCCCAACCUCUUCACCUCUAGGCUACCUGCCGCCCUGAAUCACACGAAAUAGAAUAGUACUACAAGUUUUUUUUCUUCUCUCUUCCACUUCGACAUGAAGCUAAAAUGAUAGAGUAGUAUUAUUUGCUUCUGAAUGACAAAGUGAUGCGUUUCGGGAUAUGAACUCUGUCCAUACCUCAGCUCCACCUGUGUAGUACAACAGGCAGGAUGACAUGACGGGAAUUAAAGGGUGUAGUUUAUCCAGUUCCUAUAAAUAAGAGAACAUCCUUCACACAAGACAAAGGACAGAAUCGAGAGCUGCUUACCAACCAGUUACAGGCGUGUACACUCUUCAUUUAAUCUGCGUUCUAUGUUAACUAAAAUACAUGCAUUAUUUUUUUUUUUUUUCUGGCAUAUAUUCAGUAUUUGUAUAUCUCAAAUGAGUAUUCCUUAUUCUUUUGAUUACAUGUAAUGCAUUGGAAUAACUUCAGAUUUUGAACAAGGAACUUUUGGGCAGGUUAAUCUGUUUUAUAAGCCUUAUAUUAAUAUGUUCGAACAGUGAUUAUAAAACGGAAUCCUUUGUUGCAAUUUUCUUACCAAAGUAACAUAUUUCAUCGCCGGGACUUGAAAAUGUUUGGCAGCAGCUCAGGUAAAAUAUCCUCAUUGUUCUGUCUGCUCUAUUUUGCUUAGCAGUUUUGAAUGAUAAUUCUCCUUUUGACUGAUUCUCUUUCCUAGGUGGUCGUCACCCCCCAGGGUAUGAAGUAGAUCAGCAGAAACAUCCCCAGGGGGACCAAGGGACCAGGGGCCUGUCCUCCUGGGGAUAAAGACCACCACUCCGGGGGAGAUGAGACCAUGGUCCUCCAGAGGGUUGCUACCCCCCCCAGACCACAGAGGCAGUGGUGACCAUGGAGGCAGUACACAGCCCUGGUGGUAGAGACCACCAUGGUCAUGGUAGUGGUCAUGGUCAUGGAGAAGGCCAUGGGCUUAGAGAAGGCCAUGGGCAUCGCCACAAGAGGCACUGAAGAGUAAGAGUAAUACACUUCACUCUCAAAGUGAAAUUCAGCCAUGAUUUUCUGAAUUACCUUGACCCAAUAACAAUCUACAACAUUCAUGUAUUUGACAUUGUAAUGUGUAUAAACCCAUUGAAUAAACUUGCUUUCAAUUGUA